UUUCAUCACCUUACUGGGUGACAUCUUCAGCGCAUACUUCAAUUUGAAGUGAGCUACAAAUCUUCUCUAUCAUAUCUAAAUCUUACGAGAGGGAUACACUUCUCUCUGGUCGAAAGUGGGAAGACUUCGUCAAAAGGCAAGGAUCCACCAGAGAACAAUUAUUCUUUCUCCAUGAGUGCCUUCGUCAUUCAAUCCUACCAAACAGUGUUAGAUACAAACCACCAGUCAACUGCCCAAUGGGAUGGAAAUUGGCCGAACAAUGUGGAAGACGAAUGGUCAAAUUAAUGAUUACAGACGCACAUUAUUGGAUCAACAAAUAUCAACAAAUUAUAGAUAUCCAAAAAGCAAAAUUAGAGAAAACCCUCAACCAGGAACACCUGUCAACGCUGAUCACCGCAAUUACACUGUCAAGUGAAAAACACAGAGAACAAAGACGAAGAGCCCUCAAAACCAAGCUAGCCAAAAUUAGAAAACAACAACCAGACAAUACGCCCAUAGACUGCGUAGUCAACCUAUCAAAACAACCACUAUCAAAAACGGAACAACAACUACUACAAAAAGGAUUAAACUACAACACCGGAGAUGCUUCAAAAACUGAUUUCUUCGCUGCCUUUGAAUCAUUACUCAAAUCAUCAAACUUGAACGAGGAAACACAGGAAGAGAUACGCCAAACAAUUGUACCAAUGGUCAAACAGAAAAGACAACACACACAACUCAACGCUCAAGAACUAAAGGCCCUCAAAAAGCUGAAAAAUAGGAAGGACAUCGUCAUUUUACCAGCCGACAAAGGAAGAACAACAGUAGUCAUGGACAGAGAAGAAUAUACCAAGAAAGCUGAAGAACUACUCAAAGAUGAAGAUGUAUACCAACAACUCCCAACAAAUCCCAUACAAACAUUGGAUAACCGCAUCCAAAGGACCUUAAACAAGCUCACCAAAACUGGACAGAUCACAAAACAAGACCGAUGGCGAAUGAAAUCCAAUAGACUAGUCCUACCCCGAUUCUACGGCAGACCCAAAAUACACAAGGCAAAUAUCCCAUUACGACCAAUUGUAUCACUCCCGGGAACUCCAACAUAUAAUUUAUCCAAAGAAUUAUACAGAAAACUAAAACACCUAACGGAAUCUUGCGAUCACUCCAUCAACUCUGCUAUCCAAUUCCUGGAGAAAAUCAGAGGAAUCCAAAUAGAUGAACAAGAAAUAAUGGUAUCCUUUGAAGUGACAGCAUUAUAUACCUCCAUCGGACAAAAACUAGCAAAAGAAACCAUGGAGCAAUUACUUAGCAACGACGAACAACUGCCACAACAAUCAAAAAUGCAACACACAAGCUGGAUGGAAUGCAUAAAUCUAUGCCUAACAACAUACUUCUAAUUCGACGGCCAAAUAUAUGAACAAGUCAAAGGAACACCCAUGGGAUCGCCAAUAUCAGGUUUGAUUGCAGAAGCAGUGAUGCAAAGACUCGAAAACAUAAUUCUACCAAAGAUCAAACCCAAGAUUUGGAUACGCUACGUCGACGACACAUUUGUAAUCAUCAAAAGAAACGAAUUAGAUAAAACUCACAACUUAAUAAACAACGUCUUCAACGACAUCAAAUUCACAAGAGAAGAGGAAUCCGAGAACAAAAUACCGUUUUUGGACGUCUUAGUCAGGCGAACAACUACAGGAGAAUUAGAAACUCAAGUUUAUAGGAAAUCAACUCACACAGACCAAAUACUGAAUUACAACAGCAACAACCCAAUAACACACAAAAGGAAUUGCAUACAAACACUAUUCAAGAGAGCAAGGACUCACUGCAGCACUCCCACCUUAAGGAAAAUUGAAGAAAAGUAUCUCAUGGACGUCUUUCAAAAGAAUGGAUAUCCACGGAAUUUCAUCAAGAGACAUAUACCCCCAAGCCAACCUACCAAAGCAAAAGCCACCAAGGAAAGCACAAAGAAAAUUGCCUUACCAUAUAUAAAAGAUAUCUCAGAAAUCACUACAAGACUCUUCAAACCUUUAGGAAUUGACGUCGUACACAAACCAACAAAGUCGCUGCACUCAAUUCUAUGUCUACCGAAAGACUCAACAGCGAAAGAAGACAAAACCAACAUCAUCUACAAAAUAAACUGUAACAACUGCGAAAAACACUACAUCGGCCAAAGUGGACGUCCCCUUCGUCUUCGUAUCCAUGAACAUAAGCAAGCCGUCAAAAGACAUGAUAUCCACUCCCUCAUUUCACUACACACAGACAACUACGGACAUCAAUUCGACUGGGACAACGUUCAAAUAUUAGACAAAGGAAAUAACAAGAAUGUUAGAGAAUUUUUAGAAGCUUGGCAUUUCAGUGGAUCAUCAAUCAAUAGACACAUCGAGAAAAGAAAGAAACUUCACACACAAAGGGUCAAAGUUCAAGUCAAAGAAACAACCGGUUCCAAUACAAGUAACCUAGAAGGUGUGAAAACACACAAACAACCAAUCACGUCCAAGGUCACCAGGAGAGAUGAUUAAUAAACUCGUGGAGAAAUCUAAAAGCUCACUUCAAAUUGAAGUAUGCGCUGAAGAUGUCACCCAGUAAGGUGAUGAAAGCUUCGCAAACUAACCAUCCAGCUCAGAGAACAAAACCACAUC